AUGAAGUGGGGUGGAAAAAAACCUUCUCCUUCUCCUUCUUCCUCUUCUAGGCCUUCUUUUGCAUCUCAUGUGUCUCCUUUUUCAUGGCUUUCCAAGUUCAAGCAUAUGAGAAUAAACUCAGACCCAAAACCUGCCGCACUGAAGCAAAAUGCAAAGCAGAAUUCUACUCCAUCAGAUACCUCGCCCCAUUAUGCUUGUGGGAAUAAUAGAGGCAGGUUUUAUGGAGGGGAUGAUGAGGCUUUCUGGAGACUCUCAUUUGGUGAAGAGGGUAAUGAGCAUAGAAAAAGUGAUGAUAUUCUGAAGCCGGUAAAGUACAAAUUGGAUGCUGAACAUGUCAUUCCAUCCUCGAGUUUCCCCGGUGGAUUGAAUAAUGCUAAAAGACAAGGUAGAAGAGAAGUCACUCAGAAGUUGAAGCAGAAGGACACUGAACUGAGAGAAGAAACAACAUUGCUGAAUGAAGCUGCAAGGAGUGUAAAAGAACUCGAAUCCUUGAGGAGGCGAUAUGAGAGGAAAGCACAAAGAGUUUUGCAAGAGCAGCUCUUGAAAUUGGAAAAGGCAGAAGAGGAAUCUCAGUUUGCAUCAAGUCCGUUCUUAGAAAAUGAUGUGCAGCAAUAUGAGUCACCCAGAACAAUUUGCACACCAAGGAAGCAUUUGUUUGUCGAUUCAAAGAGUUCUGGCCUUGGGUAUCUAAGAGAAGCCCGAGUAAGUAGUCCCCAAUUGGAUUCUGAGUUGCAUAAUUUGAAACAAACUGAGGAGUUGAAAUUGAAAGCAAAGAGUAACCAACAAAUGCAAUCGCUUCAUGUGAGCAGAGAAAACCCGAGGAGGAAACCAAAGCACAACUCCAAGAAGGAUUUCAGAGAUUCAAUGAUUGAGAUGAUCACAGAGAAACAGAUCAAUCAGCCAGAAGAAAUGCAAGAUCUGCUAGCAUGUUAUCUGACUUUGAAUUCUAAUGAGUACCAUGAUCUCAUCAUCCAAGUGUUCAAACAAGAGAAGUUGCAUCAAGAUCUCAGCAUACCUUAUAUUAAUAAUAAUGUUAUAUUAAAUACUAUCAGUAGGAGUUCUUUGUGCAUGUAA